GUGGAGGCUGGGCUGGUCUCUGUUCCUGGAAUGGGCCAGGAGGGAGGAGGAGCAAGCGGAAGGGAACUGUGUGGCGCUGGCCCAGGAGACACACAGGACUGCCUCGGUGCCUAGUUUGGGCGCCCUAGGACUCUGGCUGCAGCCAGGUAUGGCCAAUUCUGCCCAAACCCAGGAGCUGGUGUACCUGGUCACAGGUGGCUGUGGCUUCCUGGGGGAACAUGUGGUCCGAAUGCUGCUGCAGCGGGAACCCCGGCUCCGUGAGCUGCGCAUCUUUGACCUACACCUGGGUCCUUGGCUGGAGGAGCUGAAGACAGGGCCUGUGCAGGUGACUGCCAUCCAGGGGGACGUGACCCAGGCCCAUGAGGUGGCAGCGGCCGUGGCCGGAGCCCACGUGGUCAUCCACACAGCUGGGCUGGUGGAUGUGUUUGGGAAAACCAGUCCUGAGACCAUCCACGAGGUCAACGUCCAGGGCACACAGAAUGUGAUUGAGGCUUGUGUGCAGACUGGAACACGCUUCCUGAUCUACACAAGCAGCAUGGAAGUUGUGGGGCCCAACAUCAAAGGCCAGCCCUUCUACAGGGGCAAUGAGAACACCCCCUAUGAAGCCGUACACCGACAUCCCUAUCCUUGCAGCAAGGCCCUAGCUGAGCGGCUCGUCCUGGAAGCCAAUGGCAGGGAGGUCCUGGGGGGGUUGCCCCUAGUGACAUGUGCCCUGCGUCCCACUGGCAUCUACGGCGAAGGCCACCAGAUCAUGAAGGACUUCUACUACCAGGGCCUGCGCCUGGGGGGCCGGCUCUUCCGGGCCAUUCCAGCCUCGGUGGAGCAUGGCCGGGUCUAUGUGGGUAACGUGGCCUGGAUGCACGUGCUGGUGGCCCGGGAGCUUGAACACCGAGCUGCCCUCAUGGGUGGCCAGGUGUACUUCUGCUACGACAACUCGCCCUACAAGAGCUACGAGGACUUCAACAUGGAGUUCCUGGGUCCCUGCGGACUGCGGCUGGUGGGCACCCGCCCACUGAUGCCCUACUGGCUGCUGGUGCUCCUGGCUGCCCUCAACACCCUGCUGCAGUGGCUGCUGCGACCGCUGCUGCUCUACGCGCCCCUGCUCAACCCUUACACUCUGGCCGUGGCCAACACCACCUUCACUGUCAGCACUGACAAGGCUCGGCGCCACUUCGGCUACGAGCCCCUGUUCUCCUGGGAGGAGAGCCGGACCCGCACUAUCCGCUGGGUGCAGACCGCGGACGGCUCAGGCUAGUGACGGUGCAGCUGGGCCUGGAGCCUGGCGUGGCGCGGCAUCGUCAGGUCCCAGAGCCCUCAGACCCUGGUGGGGAGGGCAGGCUGAGCCAGAGGAGGGGGCUGAUGCCAGACUGACGGUCCCAGAGCCCUCCACCUUGGAAUCCAGGAGCCUGGAGCCUGUAUCUUAAUGUCCCUAAGUUCUAGGGCAGGGUUUGUGGGCAGGCGUGUCUGUGUCUUCACUCUCAACUCAGGCCUCAUGGCUAGUGAGGAUCUGACCGCCCUGAUGCUCUCAAUGACGCCAUCCCAUUUCUGGCAUUCCGAGCAGAAGUGGGCGGAAGUCCCGCAGGCCCUCAUGGCAGGCCCUUGGAUGUCCUUUGUGAUCCUCAGGCCUGAUUUCAGCGUGAAGACGCUCUCUUAACUCUUCCCACCACCUUGGUCCCUGCUUGGGGGGUCACAGUCCCAUGAUUUUAAACAUGUAUUACCUUUAGACAUUUAUUUCUUAAUACUCGUCAAUAAAGGCUGAGGAAGUCUG